CAACUUGCCAAAAAGAAUGCCACCGUGAGUGCAUUUUGUCAAGGUCACGCUGUAUUAUUCUGUAAUUUGGACAGCUAGGCGCACAAAGGGUUCAGCCACGAAGAGGUCAGCACUGAGCAGUGAUAAUGGCGUCUGCUUUGCAUUGUGCUACAAAUGCAGGGGGAACCAUCGCACUUGCGGGGUCGUGGAAGCGCACAAGGGCCACAGUGAAUACCCUGCCUCUGGUGGUGAAAGCCAGCUCCAGUCCCAGGCCUCAAUUGCCGGCGCCUGCAUUUGCAACGCCUCACCCCGUUAGCUCUAAAUUGGGACAGGCUUUGUGGCUAAGAAAGCAUGUUGGUCACCAUGACUCAAGCGGACUGGAUCGGAGUCGAGAUUCGCAAGUGUGUAAAGCCACUGAGGAGAUCAGCACCAUGUGCGAAGAGAUUGAGCUAGAAACGGAAGAAAAAAUGGAGAAGUGCAUUGAGUCCGUACGGGCAAAGUUCAACAGUGUGCGGACAGGAAGGGCAAGCACCUCCCUCCUUGAUCGUGUGGAGGUUGAUUACUAUGGUGUCCCUGUCAUCCUCAAGAGCCUUGCCAACAUCAGCACCCCUGACGCUAGUUCGAUUCUCAUCCAACCAUUUGACAAGUCCAGCAUCACGGCGAUCUCGAAAGCCCUGUUGCAGUCCGAUCUCGGCCUGACGCCCACGAACGACGGCACAGUCAUCCGACUCAACAUCCCGCCCCUCACGGGGGACAGGAGAAAGGAACUGGUGAAAACAAUCGGAAAGCUAGCAGAGGACGGCAGGAUUGCCAUCCGGAAUGUUCGAAGGGACGCCAUUAAGAAGUUCGAGAAGAUGGAGAAGGAUGGCGAACUGUCGGAAGACAAUCUGCGGGACUACGAGGACACUGUACAAAAAAUGACGGACAAGUAUGUGAAGAAGGUAGAUGAGCUCUACAAAGCGAAGGAAAAGGACAUUCUUCAAGUAUGACAACGUGCGGUUUUUCUCUUCAAUUCCUCACGCUCUGAUAUGGCUCGUGCUGACUUAGCCAACGUGUAAUGCACGGAAGCGCUUGCACAGUGACCUACGGCACAAACGGUCAAAAUAUGGGGUAGACGAGCAAGGUCGAUUGGAACGUUUCACAGGUGGCAUUGAGUUAGGAUGCACGUACCAAAUGACCUUUGUGUUUGCCUUUUUCUCACAUGCACGCGUUACUCAAAGCUAACAUAGCAGCAUGCUAAUAUUCGAGAAUAUGUGCACCAGGUUCUGGAUGUAAUGGCAGAGAAACUGGCUUCCGCACAACCUUUCAGCUAUGGGUGAUUUGGUGAUGGAAUCCAAAUUGCACGCGCUCCG